AUGUCGACUCGUCACAUCAUGGAGCUGUGGCUGUUCGUGGGAAACCGUCGGCAGUUUCAUCAUCACAAAGGCCACCGUUUCAUACGAUCCACACCACAAACACCCCCGCGCGCCGCCUGCGUACUAUAUAGUCGAAAGGGGAGCGUCAUGUUCACUUCACCAGCAAGUGGAGGGGGGGGUGAGAGGAACAACAGCGUGAUCACGGAAGAGGUUGGGGACGACGAUAGUCCCUCUCGAAAAGCCAGCGUCGUGGGACAAGUCAAGCAACCAGUGGGCAUCCCCGCAAGUCCCACUCAACCACACGACAAUAGCUCAUCAACCCUCACGAGGCAGUUUACACCCAGCAGCGUCCGACGCCCCACUGGGGCCAAUGCCGACGUAGACAACAACCACGUAGACGACAGCCAAGGCACAAUGGUCCUCCAGCGAGAUGCCACGUUUCGGUACCACAAGGCCCAAAUCCGAAUCCUCCAAGAUGAACUGGCGUCGUUGCUGGAAAUGCGCACCAAAGUCCAAGCCAAGCACGACGCGGCGGCAGACGAAUUGGAACGCCGGCGGACCGACCUCGCCGCGUUCAGCGAACACGUGCAGCAAAUGCAAGCGCUGUUGGACAAGAACAAAAGUCUCCAGGACAUUCAAGAAGCCAAGCAGCGGAUGCUCGAGACCGAUAUUGCGUCGGCAAAGGCGCAGGUGGCGACCACGCGGAAAAACGAAAAACUUCUCUUGCGGACAGCAAAAGUCACUGAAGUGCGGCUACACGAAGGCACGGAAGCCUUGCAGGGGUUGAAGAAGGAGCUCGAGGACGAGCGGAGCAACCAGGGAGGCAUGGCAGUGCCGCGCCACGAGCAUGAGCGGCUUCUGAAUCACCACCAACGCUUGGAAAAGCAAAAGGCAGACUUGAUCGUUGCGUUCAAGCAGCAGAUCCACUUGAUCGACGUGUUAAAACGGCAAAAGAUCCAUUUGGAGUCGGCCAAAAUGCUGUCGUUCAUUGAAGACGAGUUCAGCGCGACGUUGGAACUUGGGGUGUAGCCCCUUGGACAUAUAUGUUAAAUGUAGUCGACGUGCAAAAUCGAGUCUUGGACAAAUUGGCCUAAAAACCCAAAGCCCUUGGUGUGCAGCGCCUCCAAUUCCACUUUGUACGGGUCUGCGAG